AUGGCAGAUGAUGCGGACAUGCGCAAUGAGCUGUCGGACAUGCAGCAGCGUGCUGACCAGCUCGCCGAUGAGUCACUGGAGAGUACUCGCCGUAUGUUGCAGCUGGUGGAAGAGAGUAAAGAUGCUGGUAUCAGGACUUUGGUUAUGCUGGAUGAGCAAGGAGAGCAACUGGAGCGCAUCGAGGAAGGAAUGGACCAAAUCAAUAAGGACAUGAAGGAUGCAGAAAAGAAUUUGAACGAUCUAGGAAAAUUCUGUGGUCUUUGCUCCUGUCCAUGUAACAAAAUGAAGAGCGGAGCAAGCAAGGCUUGGGGAAACAACCAGGAUGGUGUGGUGGCCAGCCAGCCUGCCCGCGUGGUGGACGAGCGCGAACAGAUGGCCAUCAGCGGAGGCUUCAUCCGCAGGGUAACAGAUGAUGCUCGGGAAAAUGAGAUGGAUGAAAACCUGGAGCAGGUGGGCGGGAUCAUCGGUAACCUGCGCCACAUGGCUCUGGACAUGGGCAACGAGAUUGACACUCAGAAUCGCCAGAUUGACAGGAUCAUGGAGAAGGCUGAUUCUAACAAAACCAGGAUUGACGAAGCUAACCAGAGGGCCACAAAAAUGCUUGGCAGUGGCUAG